CUACACCAACAAUAUGCUCUCUAAGAGCUCGUGUAUCGGCCCGGUAUUAGCAAGGGGCCCCUGAAGGGCAGAAGACAGUCGCUUUGGACCCGACUCCGCGCCAAACAGCUGAGCGAAUUAGCGCAUAGCCAUGAGCUCCCAGCAGCAGGUGCCGCGCUUUCAGACGCUCAAGUUCCUGGGGAAGGGCGGGCAGGGCUUCGUGCAGCUAGCGUUUGACGACGUGCACAAGCAACGUGUAGCAAUCAAAUACAUCGACCGCGGCUGGAGCCGCGGGUUCUACAAGUAUGUGCUGCGCGAGACACUCAACCACCAGCAGUUGUCACUGUGCAAACACCCACACAUUGUGGAGUUCCACGAGGUCUUCCUCACGCCCUCCUACCUGGCGGUGGUGAUGGAGUACGUCAACGGCACCAACCUGCAGCACUACCUGGAGGCGGCGGGCGGCAAGCUGCCCGAGGACGUGGCGCGCUUCAUCUUCCAGCAGCUGGUCAUCGCGGUGGACUUCUGCCACAAGAAGGGAAAGGUCAACCGCGACAUAAAGCUGGCAAACAUACUGCUGCAGGAGGGCCACCUUCCGCUUGUAAAGCUGUGCGACUUCGGGUUCUCCAAGGACAAGUUCGACGACUCGGAGCCGCAGACCCAGAUCGGCACGGCGCUGUUCACGGCGCCGGAGAUCUUCACCAACGUGCCGGGCAAGGUGUAUGACGCGGAGGCUGCCGACAUCUGGAGCUGCGGCGUGGUGCUGUUUGUGAUGCUGUUCGGCUGCCACCCCUUCCUGGCGGCGGAGGACACGGCGCAGCGCAAGCACGCGCAGGUCAUGAAGUUGAUUGAAAACGCCGUGCGGGGCAACAUCCAGGUCCCUCCGGGCGCCGCCGAGCUCUACCCGGCGGCCCUGGACCUGAUCCGCCGCAUCCUGGUGUCGGCGCCCGGGCAGCGCUCCAAGCUGCCAGCCAUCAUGGAGCACCCCUGGUUCCAGGACAAACUGCCCCCGGGUGCGCUGCUGCUCAACGCCGCCUACCUGGCUAUGGAGCACCCGGCGGCGGAGCUGCGGCAGACGCCGGAGGAGGUGCACGCCAUCAUCACGGCGGCGCUGCAGGCGUCAGGAGGAGGAGGCGGCGGAGGGCCGGGAGGAGGCGGGGGAGGGCCGGGCGGCAGCGGCGGCCAGCAACAAGACGACAAGUCGGAGUGCAACUCGGGGCAGGGCGGAGGCGGAGGCGGCAUGGGCGGGAUGGGCGGGAUGGGCGGCGACGUGUCGGUCAUGUCGGAAGCGUCUCGGUCCUUCGCUCCUGCGCCGCACUCCGGCAGCGGCCACCCCGGGCACCAACACCAGCAGCACCAGCAGCAGCAGCACCACCAGCAACACCAGCAGCAACAGCAGCAACAGGGCGUUGGCUCGCCCGCUGCUGUGCAGCAGCAGCACCACCAGCACCAGCUCCAGCACCAGCAGCAACAGCAGCAGCAACACCAGCACCAGCACCAGCACCAGCAGCAGCAGCAGCAGCAGCAGCAGCAGCAGCUCGGGCCGGGCAGCGGCGGCGGCGGGCCGGGCAGUGGCGGCGCCGCCACGUUCAUGCAAAUGGGCCACAACCCACACGCACCGUACGGCACCGGCAGCGCACAUGGCGGCGGCCCCGCCGGCUCGGCGCUACUCGCCAUGUCGGUUGGAAUGACGGGUGCCAACGAUGCCAACGGCAUCACUGGCGGCACUUCGCGCGGCAACAGCGGUUCCUCACACCCGCAGAUGGCGCCGGGAAUAAUGCUGGGGCAGCCCGGGCCGGCGGGCGGCGCUGGCGGCAUGGGGUCCAUGGGCCACAUGGGUCCCGGGCAUGCACAUGCGCAUGCACAUGCGCAGAUGCAGAUGCAGAUGCAUGGGCAGCAGAUGCAUGGCCAGCAGAUGCACAUGCAUCCCAUGGCGCCGCACCCUUCGCCCGCCAUGUCGGCGGCAUCUGCGAGCAUGGUGGGCGGCGGCGGAGGUGGCGGCAGCGGUCUUCCGCCACACGCCGGCAACACAGCACAACUCAUGAGCACGGCCGACGGCGGCGGUGGUGGCGGUGGAGGCAUGCAGCCCGCACACAGCAGCGGCAACGCUGGCCAUGGUCACGGUCACGGGCGUGGUGGCGGCGGCGGCGGCGGCGGCAUGAUGCCGGGGGGGGCCGCGGCCUCCAGCGGUGUCGGCAUGUCGGCGAUGGAUACAUCUGGCGGCGGGCCAGGUCGUGGCGGCGCCGCCGGCGGCGGCCACCGGCCGCCGGGCGGGCCCAACGCGAUGGAGGUUAGCGGUUGUAUCCUGUACGACAGCAGCCUGCUGUAUAAGCUGGACCUGCAGACUCCGGAAGAGUAACGGUCACGGUUAGGGUCGUAGUGGCGGCGCGUCGUAAUCCCUUCUGAAUUGAACAGGCGCGGCGCGCAGGUGUCUGUAGCCGGGCGGCAGCAAUCAUAUGUUGUGUCCGUCAUGGGGAUGGGGCGGGAAGACUGCGGGUGGACGGGGCGGGCGGUCGGGGCCGUGCGGUUGAGGAGGCAGGGGAGGAAGCAAGGACCAAUUCAGGCACGGGCGGUUGGCAGCAAGGUGAACUAAAGGCACUGCCGGGCGUGCGCUUGAAGAACACAACGAGAGAGGGUCGGCACACUGUGUGUGUAUGAUGACAAACGCAACGAAUCGCCCGGGGUGUGUGUGUGGUGUGUGUGUGUGUGUGUUGCAUGCAUCCUCGCCCGGGAGAUGGUCGCGGUCUCAGGAGGGGGUCCAUGCCUCAGUCGGGCGGCGGCACGGCCCCGGACCGCACCGCCGCACAGUCCGCCGCGCAGGGCGAGACCUGCCGGUGUCUGGUCGAUGCGGGCCUUGCUGGCGAGCAUAGCACAGCAUAGCAUGCAUGUGGUUGUCCUGUGCCUGCUGUGCUAGUGUUUGACAGUGGGACGUGGCUGGACACAUUAUGGCGGGCAGUGCCUGUACAACCGACCCCGGCUAUGCCCGGGAGAUGUGGCAGGCGCUUGCGGCCUCAGGCGGUAGACGUGGCUUGGGCGCAGCCGAUGUAUCGCUUCGAGAGGGAAAACCACUUUCUUGUCAGUGUGGGGCGGAUGGGUGGGGCGGAUGGGUGGGCAGGACGUGGCAGGGCCCGCAAGCUGAGACACGUGCUAUUGUUGCCUGCGGACGCGCAAGUGCAGGCAAGAAUGGCCGCUGGCGUUAUGGGCUCCCCGCAUGGGCAUACGAGCAUGUGCACUUGCUGCAUUAGGCAAAGGAGCAUGACGUUGCGUGCUGCUUGGGGUUCAUGUACUGCAGCUGCAUUACGCAAAGCUUGAUGUCGUACUACAGUAUGCGAAGGGCGCGCAGGCCUUCUAAGGCUGCGGCUGUGGGGUGAGGAUUGCAACCUGCAAUGCCGCUUGAUAAAUUCAAGAACACACGGAUCUUAAUCAUGCUGCGGGGCUGCACUUAUGUUGCCGUACAGCAGUGUACAUGUGCGCUGGUGGUGGUCAUAAUGACGUGGAAACCGGAUGAGCACAGCACUACUUGCCGUGCGUUUAUGUAGUGUUGAAGGCGAGCUGCCUGAUACAAGGGGCUUCCUAAUUGGUAAUAGCAUAUGUGCUCCUGUCUGGUACGGUUGAGUGAUGAACACGGUUAGAAUGCUGUCGAAGGAUGCUGCCAAAUACCGGAGCCGCAGGACACGGCACGGUCCCGAUGCACACCUUGCUUUAUGGGUUCAUGCUGCAGCCUCUGCGUGUGAACCCCAGAGGCAGACCAAAAGCAAGAGCAGCGCUUGCAUGUUGCAACGCGUAAUGCAAGGCACUCACUCGCAC